AUGAAGAUCCCCGUCGUCAACAAGGCCUUUGCCGGCCGUUCUGCUCGCAGCUUCACCCGUGAAGGCCGUUUCGACGAGAUCGGAAAGCUCAUCAAGAAAGGAGAUUUCGUAGUCAUUGAAUUUGGCCACAACGACGGCACCAGCAGACCCGACAAUGGACGGUCUGACUGUCCAGGCAGCGGCACCGAGACUUGCCAAUACACCUACAAGUAA